AUGGCAUGGGUAUGGCAACAUAGCAUGGGUAUCACAACAUUGCAUGGGUAUCGCAGCAUGGGAGAGGAAAAUGAGCAGCUAGAUUCCGCGAGCACCCAUCCACCUGAUCACCACUCACACUCAAUCGCUCGUCUCCCUCCCUCCCUCCCUCCCUCGCUCGCAUCCCUCCCUCCCUCCUCCCUCCCUCCUCCCUCCCUCCCUCCCUCCCUCCUCCCUCCCUCCCUCCCUCCCUCCCUCCCUCCUCCCUCCCUCCCCUCCCUCCCUCCCUCCCUCCCUCCCUCCCUCCCUCCCUCCCUCCCUCCCUCCCUCCCUCCCUCCCUCCCUCCCUCCCUCCCUCCCUCCCUCCCUCCCUCCCUCCCUCCCUCCCUCCCUCCCUCCCUCCCUCCCUCCCUCCCUCCCUCCCUCCCUCCCUCCCUCCCUCCCUCCCUCCCUCCCUCCCUCCCUCCCUCCCUCCCUCCCUCCCUCCCUCCCUCCCUCCCUCCCUCCCUCCCUCCCUCCCUCCCUCCCUCCCUCCCUCCCUCCCUCCUCCCUCCCUCCCUCCCUCCCUCCCUCCCUCCCUCCCUCCCUCCCUCCCUCCCUCCCUCCCUCCCUCCCUCCCUCCCUCCCUCCCUCCCUCCUCCUCCCUCCCUCCCUCCCUCCCUCCCUCCCUCCCUCCCCCUCCCUCCCUCCCUCCCUCCCUCCCUCCCUCCCUCCCCUCCCUCCCUCCCUCCCUCCCUCCCUCCCUCCCUCCCUCCCUCCCUCCCUCCCUCCCUCCCUCCCUCCCUCCCUCCCUCCCUCCCUCCCUCCUCCCUCCCUCCUCCCUCCCUCCCUCCCUCCCUCCCUCCCUCCCUCCCUCCCUCCCUCCCUCCCUCCCUCCCUCCCUCCCUCCUCCCUCCCUCCCUCCCCUCCCUCCUCCCUCCCUCCCUCCCUCCCUCCCUCCCUCCCUCCCUCCCUCCCUCCCUCCCUCCCUCCCUCCCUCCCUCCCUCCCUCCCUCCCUCCCUCCCUCCCUCCCUCCCUCCCUCCCUCCCUCCCUCCCUCCCUCCCUCCCUCCCUCCCUCCCUCCCUCCCUCCCUCCCUCCCUCCCUCCUCCCUCCCUCCCUCCCUCCCUCCCUCCCUCCCUCCCUCCCUCCCUCCCUCCCUCCCUCCCUCCCUCCCUCCCUCCCUCCCUCCCUCCUCCCUCCCUCCCUCCUCCUCCCUCCCUCCCUCCCUCCCUCCCUCCCUCCCUCCCUCCUCCCUCCCUCCCUCCCUCCCUCCCUCCCUCCUCCCUCCCUCCCUCCCUCCCUCCCUCCCUCCCUCCCUCCCUCCCUCCCUCCCUCCCUCCCUCCCUCCCUCCCUCCCUCCUCCCUCCCUCCCUCCCUCCCUCCCUCCCUCCCUCCCUCCCUCCCUCCCUCCCUCCCUCCCCUCCCUCCCUCCCUCCCUCCCUCCCUCCUCCCUCCUCCUCCCUCCCUCCCUCCCUCCCUCCUCCCUCCCUCCCUCCCUCCCUCCCUCCCUCCCUCCCUCCCUCCCUCCCUCCCUCCCUCCCUCCCUCCCUCCUCCUCCCUCCCUCCCUCCCUCCCUCCCUCCCUCCCUCCCUCCCUCCCUCCCUCCCUCCCUCCCUCCUCCCUCCCUCCCUCCCUCCUCCCUCCCUCCCUCCCUCCCUCCCUCCCUCCCUCCCUCCCUCCUCCUCCCUCCCUCCCUCCCUCCCUCCCUCCCUCCCUCCCUCCCUCCCUCCCUCCCUCCCUCCCUCCCUCCCUCCCUCCCCUCCCUCCCUCCCUCCCUCACAGGGUACUAAGGUAUGUCAUGGAGCCUAUGGAAGUGGGUAUGUCCCCUGUCAGCUGGUUGUUGGAUAG